AUGAGCAGCCUACCGUACACGGACGGCUUCAGCUUUCCCCAUCCAGAGUCCGCAGAACGCACCACUCCUUUCGCAGGUAGCGAUGCCAUACCAAUCGACCCCGCGCUGAAUGCGCCGCAAUUUGACCCGGCGUUGAUGGGCAUGAACGGGGGUGUCGCGGAUGUGCAGUCCGUCCGUGCCCAUCCCUCCUUUCAUCGUUUUCCCUUUCCGCCGCCAAGGCAGUAUUCACAGGGACCGCAGGGCGACCCGUUUGCACCCCAGCCUUCGCCUGCUUAUUAUCAAGUCGAAGAGCCACCGCCCCCGCCACUAAGGCCAUCCAAGAAGAAGCGGCAGCCUCGCCGUGAAGAGGAAUGUGGAUACUGUCAGGGAGACGAUGCAAAAAAUAAAGACGGUGUGCCAGAGAUGAUGGUUUCUUGUGCGGAUUGUCGCCGCAGUGGACAUCCCAGUUGCAUGGACUUGUCAGAUAUUGGCGAGGUCAUGCGUUCAUACGACUGGAAAUGCGCGGAAUGCAAGAACUGCGAAGUGUGCCAUGAGAAGGAAGGCGAUAAUCGUAUGGUAUUCUGUGACUACUGUGAUAGAGGUUGGCAUAUGGAUUGUCUGGACCCUGCGCUGGUAGAAACACCCCCGGGAAGAUGGCAUUGCCCACUCUGUCCUCCUCUCAUGCCUCCACCUGUCCAUGCAUCUGCAUCUGCACCAGAAUACCAAUCGCCUCCCUACGACGAGGUCGACGAAGUUAUCGACCCGCAGCUCCGCCAAGCAUCUGUAGCAUCCACCUCUCAUAUACCCGACUACGACCAUCCUGACCACGGUCACCCUACGCGUCAGGCUCCACACGAAGUCAUCGUCGUGUCAGAAUCGGACGACUCCGACGAAGAUGUGGUCGUGGAGGUAGACAACGACGAUCCGCCGACCACGAAGAGGAGUCAUAAGAAGAGCAAGAGCCGCUGGAAGGGCAAGGGACUGAUGCUCAACGAGCCAGACGAGGCUGACGCGACGCUCUCUGUGCCGCGUGCGGUCAAGCGCAUGCGCCUCCGCCUCAGCUCUCCGGUCCCACCGGGGUCUCCUGCCAAGGCCAUGCCCGUCAUCCGACUGCGCCUUCCACCCCGGGGUAAAGGGAAAGCGCGUGAGGAAGAACCUGAAGAGCCUAAAUCUGGCAUGUUUGACGAGUUCUUGAACCCUGAAGAUCGGGAUACCACGAGCACAUCCAUCACAAACGGCGACAAGCAGCGUUUCGAGAGGAGUAGGGUUACGGCGGAGGAAAAGCUCUUUCCUAGGCCAACCCUGCCGGACAUACCAGAGACGGCUGGAGCAGGUCCGUCCAGCCGACCAUUGCGCUCAGCUACACAAAUCUCUGUAGUACCGAUAGCCAGGGUCACACCCGAGCCGUCACAUUCGCCCAGUGUGUCAACGCCUGGUCCGGCACCGCCGAAACCUCCGAACGGCCUGAGAAUCCAGCGGAUACGCUUCGGUGACUACGAUAUCGAGACGUGGUACGACGCGCCGUUUCCAGAGGAGUAUGCGAGCAUACCUGACGGACGCCUAUGGUUGUGCGAGUUCUGCCUCAAGUACAUGAAGAGUCGAUUUGGCGCGGGGCGACACCAGAUGAAGUGCAAGAUGCGGCACCCGCCCGGUGACGAAAUCUAUCGCGACGGCGCGACUUCCAUCUUUGAGGUCGACGGGCGGAAAAACAAAAUUUACUGCCAGAACCUGUGUCUACUAUCCAAGAUGUUUCUCGAUCACAAGUCGCUUUUCUACGACGUCGAGCCGUUCCUCUUCUACGUCAUAACUGAGGUAGACGAGGUGGGCGCCCACUUUGUCGGGUACUUCAGCAAGGAGAAGCAGAGCCCCAAAGACUAUAAUGUCAGUUGCAUCAUGACGCUGCCCGUGCGCCAACGACAGGGAUGGGGGAAUUUGCUCAUCGAUUUUAGCUAUCUGUUGUCGAAGAAGGAGGGAAGGGCUGGUUCACCGGAGAAGCCACUCUCUGCUCUUGGCGCUCUAGGAUACAGGAAUUACUGGACACUUUCCCUUAUGCGAUAUCUUCGCGCGGCACCGCCGAACCCCCGCUUGGAAGAUAUCAGCGCCGCCACUUCGAUGACUAUCGAAGAUAUACAUUCCACUCUCGUGCACCUCAACAUGAUCCGAGUUGACGUUGCAGCGACUCCCAUGAGACCGCUUCCCGGUCAGAGCAUCAGGUUCCCGAAGGGCCGCAAGAAUGGGAUAGCGCGGAAGCACCUGCAACGCACCCAGACGCAGGACGACGAGAAGAUUAAGGGCCCAUUCGUGCCUCCAAAAGAGUAUAUGAUACAUUGGGACCCGGAGGAGGUCGCGCAGUACCUAGCGAGAUGGGAGGCUAAGAACUACCUAAUGCUCAAGCCGGAGAAGCUGAAGUGGAGCCCGUUGAUCCUCACGCGCACGCGGCGACCGGAGCACCUGCCGGCGAACGAAACAGAGAGCGCGGACGUGGUUGAAACCCCGGUGACCGCGACGGGCGCUGCCGAGUGGGACGCAACGCCUGGCCUCGAUGCGCCGCUAACCCCUCGACCCGGGAAGUCCGUGGAUCCACCGAGCAUCAUGGACGCUACCAGGUCGCCGGCGCUCGCGCUGUUUGACGACGACAACGUCGUCGUCGUGACCCCGGGUACCCAGAACACUCCUGCAAAGAUCACCGAGAAGCCUUUGGCGCGGUCUCCGAGUGUUGAUCCCCCGCAUGCGAUGCAACUGGAGCAGGAUAGAGCCUUGGCUCUCAAGAUGGCCAAGGAGCAGUUUGCGUCGAAUCGACGCCUGCGAAGUCGGGAUAUGUCAUAUGACCUCCCUAAGCUGGACACAACGAAGACAGGCCCAGAACCCUCUCCUUCUCUGCGGAAGGGGCGCUCUACCCGAGCCACGACGAGCAAUGGCACGAGAAUUAACGGUCAAUCCAGCGCAGACCAUACGAUGGAGGACGCCGCCUCCCCUGCUAGGCUUGCGCGCAACGGGAUGCGGCCGAUGCGCGAAUUGCGCUCGAGAUCGAAUGCAACCCAAGACGCGAAGAGGCCUACGUCGGCGCCAAGAUCCGUGUCUCCCCGCAAGCGUCGGCGGGUGGAGUCUGCGUCUGAGAUGGAGACGCUCCCCACGCCCUUGCCCCUGCGCCGUAGUGUUCGCCACGCACCUGAGAAUGUUGACACGCCUUCCAGGUGCACCCGAAGUCAACACAAACCUCUACGGCUUGCGAACGGCAGCUCACCACAUAGUCCUGGCUCAUGUCCACCAUCUGCAUCAUCAUUGUCCUCGUUGUCUGGACCAAGCGAAUUUCCUGCGCUCGAGAUAGAACCGCUCGAUAAUGGCGAGGACGUCAACAUGGCAGACAACGUGGAUGAACGUCAGCAAGAGGUACCGCAGGAACCGACUCAGAUGGGGGAUGCUGUUGUGGAUGCGCCUGCGGAGGACGACAUGAAGUAUGAGGAUGUAGACACUCCAUUCACAGCGGUGACAGGCCAGCACAGCGUUCCCAGUGACGACACGGCGGUGAUGAUGGAGGAGUCGGGAGCAGAGGCGAAUAAGUUGUCUCCGGCUGGACAACCGAUAGACCUGCUGGUUUCUGACGCACCCGAGGAGGCUCUGCAGGUUGAUGGGGAUGAUAUCACUCAGCUCGACGCUGGUGGGGAUGAGGAUGCGGAGGGCGAAGAGGAUGUGGACGCAGAAGGUGAACCCGACGAGGAUGUGUGA